GGAAAUUCCUAACCGCUAUUUUUAAAAUAUUGAAAUAUGAAGCAAAAGUAGUAUUUCACACAAAAUAUUUGGAGAGGCUGAGAUGGACAGAAUAGUAUACUAAAAAGUUCAGUUGUUCCAGGUAGGUCAGACAGGCUCAGCCAAAUUAUAGGCAUAGCCCGUGGCUUGCAAAUAUCCUUUUUGCCGGCUGAACUCCGUGCGGUUUAACAAGGAAGUCGUGAGCAGAAGCGUCCACGCGGAAUAACAUCCGUGGCGCCCUCUUCCGACGCCCAGAAGGGGCAGGCGGUGAAGUGGCCGCUCCUGCUUCGAGAAAUUCCCGCCCCAAGUUUCCGUUCAAACGCCCUCGCGAGACUAACGAGAUGGAGAGCGGCCACCGGCAGCCUUUGAAGCGCCCCCGGACCCCGGACCGCAGCACCGCCGCGCGUGCCAGCAGCAUUAUUUCUAUCUCUGAUCUUCAAUCUCAGUGUAUACCUUGCUGUAGUCGUUUAACCUCGAGUUCUGAUGAAUUCAGAGAAUGGACCCACCAAAAUGAAACUAUUUUGCCUGACCAGAAAUAUUUUGAACAAACUCGCUUGAUGCUCAUAGGUUACUUGAGAAGUGAAACACCAGGAAAAAAAGAUAAGAUGAUGGAUGGAAGUGUUUAUUUGCAAGAUAACACUGGAGCACUUCCCUGUGUGUUCCUGCAUUUUAAGCUUGAUUGGCUAGAACAUCUAUCACUCUUCCCUAGUUGGAUAUACAUUCCACAGAAAGGCGAGGGCACAAGUGGAUAUUUGGAGAUACUAGAAGAUCCAAUUCAAGUACUUUCUGGACCAGAAAAAAAUCUUAGUACCAUCCCUGUUUUGUACCCUGGGACAGCUGCAGACCUGCUCAGUGCCAGGCCUCAGAAUAAGAAUACAGCAAAGGUGAACGUGGCAGGAGAACUAGACAGGUUGACUACUAUUCUCUAUUUCAACCAAAAGAGUUUCUUCUUCCUCUUCCUGAAGUGUUUUAGUUCUUCUGCUUGUGUUCCAGUGGUAAUACAAAAGACUCCCCAUUUGGUUUGGCAUCAUGCACUACAACUGGGGCAUAGAUAUGUCCUAACUGCCUUGAAGAUAUCUUGCCUCAAAAGUGCUGGACAGAGUGUUUUCAGAACCAGCUCUUCCUCAUGCCUUCUGCCUUACCGCAAAGAACAAACAAAGGAGCAAUGUCUGGAUGUAACUUCACAAGGAAGAUCAAUGGUACCAGUUUCCAUUAUGCCUUCUAUACAGCCUAAGAGCUUAUUGAAAGUGCAGAAGGAAGAAAUGAUACUGGGUCCUCUUAGAAAAUCCGAGCUCAUCUCAUAUACAGGUACUAUCACUCAAGUGUUAAAUGCCCAAGCUGGCCUCUAUGAACUAGAUAACAAACACAUACUUUGUCUUGCUUAUCAGCAGAUGUUGAAUACUGGCUGUGGAUUCCGACCAGGAGCAUGCAUAGAGCUUCGAGAUGUCCAUCUUCUGGAGAUGCCUUUACCUUCUAUUCCUGCUGCUUUUGGAGCUUGUCUACAUACUACCAUUGUGCUAAAGAGUUUUUCAGCAUAUAGCAUAUUACAUCAGCCUGUAAACUGCUUUGGAAAUCAUUAUCUGCAACUACUCUUGCGUUACAAUUUAAGCCUGUCGCUCUAUCUUUAUCUGGUCAACUUGCUGGAAAUAUUUGAACAAAGGUUCUGUUGUUUUACUCAGCACCAAAAGUUGCUGCUUUGCUUUAGCCAUCAUUCUCAAAGACUAAUAGAGAAGUUUAUUGUUCCUAUUCUGAAUUCCCUGCUGGUACCCACGAAGCAGGAAAGAAACUUCCAUGCAGAGAUCCUGGCAGAAAAGCACAGUUGUCUCCUAGAUCAGUACCAGAUUCUGGAGCCACCAUGUCAGAUUCCACAUUUUGUUGAACUGUAUAGUAUGGUUGAGAGGAGCUGCUGGGAAAGCUGUGAUCCAUUACAGCAGUUGCAUUCUGCCUCAAAAAUCUGCAACCUAAAUAUCCAAGAACUAAAUUGCAGAUUGGCCCAGAACUACUGCAUUUUAUCAGCUGAAUGUUUUCAUCCUCCAUUGCUGUUGCUUGGAGUGCUAGAAUAUUCCAGUAGUGGUUCCCUCCAAUUACGAGACAGAAGUAACAGUCUUCCUUGUAUAAUAUUCCACAAGGAUUGUAGACCGUUCACUGACACAUCACUAAUAGGGUGCCUCCUCCAGGUGAAUAUUUUUCAGCUUAUUACAGAACAGUUUCCUCAAAAUGACUUAUCUUCUUCACAACAGCCAAUUACAGCCAAUCAUAUAAAGAAAAAGAAAAGGCUUUAUGCACAGUUUUAUUUUGAGGAUGUGAAAGUUCUUCAUGUUCCUGAAAAGAGAGCCAAAAAAAGCCCUACCAUCUAUCAGCAGACCUCCUGUGAUGUGAAAGACAGUGGCAGCUCAACAACUGAUCUGAGACCCUCAAUAAGGAAAGCUAAAAGGAAAGGAAAGGAAACAGAAGAAGCAAAUACCAGGGAGCCAGAACAUUUCAGAAACAGUACUGAGAAGAUCACCUAUGUAUCUCGUCUGUUUUUGCUGAUUCAAAAGGAAGGACUUGCAUGGCGCAACUACCUCCACAGUUCAGAAAGCAAGUCUGAAAAUGGGCAGACAAUGCAACUCUGCUUUCAGGCCACAAUUUUAUGGAUGGGCAAACCUAAGCUAUGCCACAGUCUUGGAGAACGUGAAGAACAGGAGGAGCUCAAGAUUAUUGCUUUUGAAGAGACCAGCGAAGCCCAGCAGAAAGUGUUGUUACUGUUUCUGAAGAACUCUCUGCACUGGUUCCCAUUUCUACAUGUUGACCAUUUGUACCAGCUCAUUCUACCUCAGUGCACGGAUUUGGAUAUUUUUGAUAAAAAGUGCUCCACACUGGCUCCAGGAAACAAAUACAACUUGAGCUGUUCCUUUUUUCUGCCCUUCCCAGAUGGGGCCUAUGUGCAUCAUGUGAGACGAAUUUCUCAGCCCAUGUCAAACAUAUUAAAAAGGGAACAAAAAAUGUUCUCCAUUGCAGAAAUACUCAAUCUGAGCUCCAAAGGUUCUCUGGUCUCUUUUUCUGGAGAAAUAAUGGAAAGAACUUUGUGUGACUCUCAUUCUGGAAAGAAGACAGAAGCAGAUGCCUGUGUUCAGAAAAAAGGUGGCCGUUUGCCCUGGAAUUAUACUGUGAAGCUGAGCGUAGCACCUGCACAUGAUUCUUCAAUUCUUCUGGAUAUCUAUAUUCAAGCCGCUUUUGUGCCAUAUCUUUGGGGUUUGUUGCCUGGAGCUAGGAUUUUGUUUCGGGAUCUACAGUGCAAAAUUUCCAGAUUUGGAAAUAUCUAUUGUGUUUUUAUUACCUCUAGUGAUGUGUGUACUCUGACUCCUCCACCUCACAAUUCUCCAAAACAUCUGGAUUCCACUGCUAAGUUUUCAGUAGGUUAUUUAUCCAAUAUAACACUUCAGCCUCUUAAUCUGGGCCAAGCACAAGUCACUUGCCAUUUGACAUGUAUCCUAUCUUUAUCCAUGCAAUGGUUUUGUGAUCUCUGCAACAUCUCCACAGAGAGAAGGCCCAACGAAUGUAACAAUUCUUGCUCGUCACAUACAGGAAUGAUUAAAGCUAUAGCUAAAAUCCUAGUAGAAGAUGGAACAAGUGAGGUUAUGGUAUUUUGCAAGAACCAACAGGUGCAGCAAGUGUUGAGUUUGAGCCCCAAGGAAUGGGAGGUCAUGCAAAAUCAUAUUCGGAUUAAGGGAAGUGUCUGCAUUCAGCAUAAUGAAAUUAGCACAGGAGCUAGGAUACUGGAAGAGCAAGAUCUGCUCACACAGUAUUUGAGAAACUUAUGCAGAAGUCCAGUUGUCUGUCGAUCCAUAGUGUUGGCCUUCAGAGUGGAUAGAAAAUCUUUUAAGACAGGAUCAGGACAAUUGAGGAGGUUUUUCUGUAAUGAAUUAGAGUUCUUAAGCCGAAUGAGGAAUCGACCAAACUUGAUAUGUCUUAAUAUCCAAGAAACAAUCUGAAGAACAGGAAGAGGAGAAAGUGUAAUUACUCUGGAGGAAUUUGUGUAAUUCCAAUUUGUGUAUGUAUUUCAGGUUUGGAGAUAUUAUCAUUCAAGUAUGAAAGGUAUUGUUGCAAACAUUAAAAUGUGAAAAUAUUUUUAUAUAAAAAAAUCAAGCUUG